AUGUUUGUUAUGCUUAAUAUUUUAAAUUUGAUUUGUAUCUGUCUUAAUUUUGCCCUUUAUUCAAGCAGUUUUUUCUUCACAAAAUUGCCUGAAGCCUACGCUUUUUUGAAUCCAAUCGUAGAUGUUAUGCCAGUAAUCCCUCUGUUCUUUUUUCUAUUAGCCUUUGUUUGGCAAGCUGCUGUAAGUUUUCGAUGA